GCCCCGGAAGUGCUCCGAUCAGCUGUGUGUGCAGUUUCCAGCAGGCACGACUCCCCUCAGAGAGCAGCUCCUCGGACAACAUGUUGAAAGCGGUUAUCUUAAUCGGAGGUCCGCAGAAAGGCACCAGAUUCAGGCCUCUGUCUUUUGAAGUACCCAAACCUCUGUUUCCUGUAGCUGGGGUUCCCAUGCUCCAGCACCACAUUGAAGCAUGUGCCAAAGUGCCGAACAUGAAAGAAAUUCUGCUCAUCGGCUUUUAUCAGCCAAAUGAAGAACUCACCAGAUUUCUCUUUAACGCUCAGCAGGAGUUUAAAAUUUCCAUCAGGUAUUUGCAGGAAUACGCUGCCCUGGGCACUGGAGGGGGCAUCUAUCACUUCAGAGAUCAGAUUGUCUCGGGCAGUCCGGAGGCUUUCUUUGUACUGAAUGCUGAUGUUUGUUCAGCGUUUCCUCUCGCGGAGAUGCUCAGCUUCCAGAAGGAACACGGAGAACCAAACAGCUUUGUUAUCCUGGGGACGACGGCAAACAGAAAGCAGUCAAUGAAUUAUGGCUGUAUUGUGGAAAACGAGGAAACAAAUGAGGUCUUGCAUUAUGUGGAAAAGCCGAGCACCUUUGUGAGCGACAUCAUCAACUGCGGCAUUUACCUCUUCAACCCCGAGAUCUUCCAGCACAUCGGCUCCGUCUUUCAGAAGAACCAGCAGGACAUGUUGCUAUACCCGUAUGAUGGAGAGGAGCCAACUAACGGCUGGCACCGAGCGGAGGCCAUCAGGCUGGAGCAGGACAUUUUCACUGCUCUGGCAGGACAGGGCAAACUCUAUGUUUAUAAAACCCUGCGCUUCUGGAGCCAGAUUAAAUCUGCUGGGUCUGCAAUUUAUGCCAGUCGCUUGUACCUCGACCAGUAUCACACGACUCAUCCUGAACGACUGGCCACAAAUAAGGAGGGAGGACCCAAAAUAAGUGGCAACGUCUACAUUCACCCCACAGCCAAUAUUGAUCCCACUGCUAUGUUGGGCCCCAACGUCUCGAUCGGCACCGGCGUGACGAUCGGCGCUGGAGUCCGAGUUCGAGAGUCCAUCAUCCUCCAUGGUGCCAAUUUACAAGAUCACUGCUGCGUGCUGAACAGCAUCGUGGGAUGGGACAGCACCAUCGGAAAGUGGGCGAGAGUAGAAGGAACCCCGAGCGACCCAAAUCCAAAUGAUCCCUUUGCGAAGAUUGACAGCGAGACGCUCUUCAGAGAAGGAAAGCUCACACCCUCAAUCACUAUUCUGGGUUGCAACGUGACCAUCCCGUCCGAAGUGAUUAUUCUGAACUCCAUCGUCCUCCCACACAAAGACCUGAACCGCAGCUUCAAAAACCAAAUUAUUCUCUAGUUAAUCUUCUGUCCAGCCUACUGUCCCCGGUGAAGGAUGCUGCCGGCACUGCCUCUUCAGUUACUGUAUAUAUGAUGUCAAAAAUGAAUGUAUGGAGCAUUCGUUAAAAAGUUUGGAAAGAUAGAUUUUUAUAUGUUUGUCCUCAAGCCUUUUAUGCAGCAUUGGGUGCGAGCGGGAAAAAGAGAGAAGCUAAUCAUGCAUGUUGAUUCACCUUCAAAAGUGUGUUCAUGCCAGAAGUUUUUAUUGGGUUUUUUUUUUUAUCAACUUUGCUCAACUGUAAAAUUACUACAGACACUACUGUAAUAUUUGUAGUUGGAUAUAAUAUAAAACAAAACAUAUGUUUAUAGUU